GAGAGACAGAGAGACAGAGAGACGGAGACAGACAGAGAGGCAGAGAGAGAGAGAGAGAGAGAGAGAGAGAGGAGUGGGGGCAGCUUCGAGGAAGAGAGCAAACCCUAACCGAAACACUGAAAGAGAGAAUUACCAAAUCACGGUGACAAAGAUCUUAUUGAUAGGCGCAAUAAGGGACUAGUUGUGCUUGGGCUAUGGCAAAUUCCAAGGGCCCUGCUAGCAUGAGAAAUAUGAUGUACAAUGGCAGGAACUCAUUGCUGCCUCCUAAAAGUCCUUUUCCUAGCAUAACCCAACCUUUUGUUGAUUACAUCCCUAGUUCAGUUACUGGGCAGAAAGGUAAUAUGAGGGCCCGAGAAGGGAACUCACACCAUCAACGUACUUCCUCUGAAAGCCAUCUAAUAGAGGAGCAGCCUUCAUGGUUGGAUGAUCUCCUUAAUGAGCCAGAAACCCCAGUACGUAGAGGAGGGCAUCGGCGCUCAUCAAGUGACUCCUUUGCAUAUAUUGAUGCUGCCAACAUUGGGAGCAUAGAUUAUGCUGCUCAAGAUGAGAGCAGAUAUAACAUGUUGCCUCUGCCUUCAUGGGGAUCUCAAGAAUUUGAUCAUUACAGAGAUGCUCAGCAUGCUGCUUUUGUUGCAGAGCCAAAUUCUUUGAGAAAGCAUAAAAAUCGAGCAUGGGAUGCUUCUUUAAGCUCAGUCACGCAUCUGCGUGGCUUUCCUUCUCCCAGCAGCAUUCUCCCGAGCUCAGGACAGUCAUGUGCUCAUCAAGAAGCAGAUGUAGUUCCUAGUUCAGCUACUGAGAAACAUGAUAUAGGUGACUCUGGCCCUCAGGAUUCAAAAGGGUCUUCUGAUAAAAAAGAUGCAUCUCAUGGAAAGCCUGCUACAUCUGAAACAGAUACAAAACGUGCAAAGCAGCAAUUUGCUCAGCGUUCGCGAGUUAGGAAACUUCAGUACAUAGCUGAGCUGGAAAGGAGCGUGCAAGCACUACAGGCAGAAGGUUCUGAAGUUUCUGCUGAGCUUGAGUUCCUCAACCAGCAACAUCUUAUUCUCAACAUGGAGAAUAAAGCUCUAAAGCAGCGCCUAGAAAGUUUAGCUCAGGAGCAACUCAUUAAAUAUGUGGAACACGAAGUAUUAGAAAGAGAAGUAGGAAGAUUACGAGCCUUGUAUCAGCAGCAGCAGCCUUCUAGUCAUCGACGCAAUAACAGUAAAGAUCUUGAUCUUCAGCUGGCUAACCUUUCUCUGAAACAAAAGGAUGCUAAUUCCGGACAUGAUCACGCUCCUGGCCAACUUAACCUUUGAUCAUUGUACAUUAAUAGCUGCAUAAUAGCUAGGGCGUUUGCAUUGCCUCCUGACGGUUCUUCAACUAAUUUUGUCUACCAGAGACAUAACUGUGGCUUCCAUGUGGAAGGAUCAAGCCGAGGUCUCCUAAUCUUUUUUGCUUUUUAUCUCCAGGUUUUGCCUGUUGCCUUAGUUCGUGGUUUUAUGUCAUAUUUUGUUAAUCUUCUCUUUCUUUUCUGUUCUUUUCAUUUUUCCUCCCUGAGAGUUUAUUAUUAACUGUAGUCCUCAUUUGCACCUGGUUGUCACUGCCAUCAGAUUGACAUUUUUGGCAAUUGACUUACCUGAGGUGGUUAUCUGAAGAAUGAUUAUUUAUGCCAUUUCAGUAAUUUAUUUUCUUU